CAGUCUCUGUCGGCCUCCUAUAUAAAGACCUGAGCUGCAGAGCUUGGUCUGAGUGAGACGCUGCCAUCCAACAGACAGCCAUGAUGCUCCUGACCGCCGCCCUCUGUGUGCUCUUUUGCGCCACAUCACAGACUUUAACUGAAAAGACUGAUGGAAGUGCUGACAACAACAUUGAGGAUGAGGACUUCAGUAUCUCCACGCUGCUGGAAAAGGCUAAUGCUAACCUCGGGAGGAACCUGGACGACCCCCUGGUGAUGUUUGGAGACAUUGCCGUGCCAACAGGUCUGGGGAACGCUGAUCCAUGCACAUCCAGAGGCUGCCUGUGGACUAAGGCCCAGGACGGAAACGUCUACAUCCCCUACAGGAUCUCCAACCAGUUCUCUGCAAGAGAGAGAGACAUCAUCACCAGAGGUCUGCAGUCAUUUCACUCCUCCACCUGCAUCCGCUUCAGGCCCCACCGAAGAGAACGAGACUUUGUGGACAUCCAGUCCCGCGGCGGGUGUUGGUCUUUUGUCGGUCGCCGUGGCGGCGCCCAGGUGGUGUCUUUGAGCCGCAGUGGGUGUGUUUUCCACCAGAUUGUCCAGCAUGAGCUGCUGCAUGCUCUGGGAUUCAACCAUGAGCAGACCAGGUCCGACAGGGACAACCACGUUCGUAUCCUCCUACAGAACGUCAUCCCCGGGCAGGAGCAUAACUUCAGGAAAAUCAACACCAACAACCUUGGCACUCCCUACGACUACAACUCUGUCAUGCACUAUGGAAGGUACGCCUUCUCCAGAAACAGAGAGCCCACCAUCGUCCCCAUCCCCGACGCAAACGUGCAGAUCGGAAGAGCCACCACCAUGAGCCGCACCGACAUCCUGCGGGUGAAUCGCCUUUAUCAAUGCAAUUCAAAUGAUCUGCAGAGAAAACAAUAUGCCUCUGAAAAUAAGUUCCUUUAAAGGAUUAAAGCCGUGGAGCAGAAAGGCGGAGUGAUGCUGUGGGCUUCAAUGAGCUUCUUUGCUGAUCUAAUGAGAAACGAAAACUGGCUGGCUACGCUGCCCACGAUUAUACAAACACCACUGCUUACCAGCUUGAUGCAAUUAAAAAUAAUAAAUUCAUUAAAUGUA